AUGAGUCAACCAGGCGGCGCACCGCAAGCGGCCUCGGCCUACCCUCCUGAUAUGAUCCGUCCCGAGAAGAUCGCAAACAUCCCCAUGCUCUCGGCUGAGAAAAAGGUCACAUAUACUGAAGGCUUGACCAAGUUGUGGACUGCUUUGGAAGCCAACCCUCGUGGCAGCGAGACUCACAACAAGGCAACCGCGAAGAUCAAGGAAGUCUCGAGGGAGAUCAUGCGCCAUAUCACCCAGUGGAAGGCCAACAGCCAGAAUCAACAGCAGCAGCGACCGCAGUCGCAAGCUCAAGUUCCACAGCAGCAACAAAACCAGCAACAACCCCAACCACCACAACAGCAAGCGCAACCUACUCCCCAGCCGCAGCAGCAGCAGCAGCAACCUGUAUCGCAGCCCCAAAUGCCAAACCCUCAGCCGCAACAACAAGCUCAGCAACAGCAACAACUCCAUCCUCAACAAACACAGCAGCAAGUUCCUCAGCAGCAGCAACAACAGCAGCAGAUCCCUCGAGUUGCGGGUAACAUAAACAACUUUCCUCUCGGCCCACAGGCAAAAGCCUUCCUUAACGGCUUCAAAGUCUUCCCUCCCACCAAUAUUAUUCCGAACACUCCCGAUUAUGAAAACUAUAAGAGGAAUAUUAUGAGUACUCUGACCAGACUUGUCACCAUGCAGGAAAGCAGCGUUAGCCGCUUCCAGCAGACACACGAGAAGAUAACACAGAUGGAGAACACUGGACAGACGGCCACACCAGACUUGGUUUCGGCAAGAGACGCCGCCAGAAUGGGCGUUCAAGACGCCAAAGCAAAAAUUGACAGUGUUCGAAAUGAGAACGAGAAGAACCGUCUAGCGUGGGCCGACAAGUCGAAGCCGCCGCAACAAAACAACUCGCAGACUCCCAUGCCUCAACAACAGGUUGCCUCGCCUUACAACCAGGCAGCGCAGGCAAACAACCCAGCUUCUGCCAUGAGCCCCGCCGCACCCUACCAGCAGCAACAACCGAACGUCCCAAUGCAUCAACAGCAGCAUCAACAGCCCCAGCAGCCCAUCGCUCGCCCUCCCAACCAACAGCAGCCAUACCAAUCGCCCGCGCCCUCCGGCCAACCCCAAGCUCUCUCUCAUGCCGACGCUAUCAAUCAAGCACAACGCACUUACUCGGCCCAGCAAGUGUCAGGAGGAGGCGGCACACCCACCUCUCAGCCUGGCGGCCAAGCUUUCAAUCACACUCAGCAGACCGCUCUCAACGUUGGUAACCCUAAGUUCCCUAUUCCUAAGAACCUGCCAACCACAGGCACUCACAACCCCGUGCCACUUGGUCCUGCCCGUCCUACUUUUGGCGGCCCCAGCAAUGGUGCUCCUGGUAUGAUGGGUCAACCUGCUGUUCAAAAGACACCCCACUUUAUUCUUGAGGGCGAGGGAGAUCGUGUGCUGAGCAAGAAGAAGUUGGAUGAGUUGGUCAGACAAGUCACAGGUGGUGGUGAAGGCGAUGGUCUCACUCCUGAUGUCGAAGAAUCCGUCCUCACUCUUGCCGAUGACUUUGUCGACAGCGUCAUCACUGCUGCCUGUCGCUUGGCCAAGAUAAGACCUAACACGACUCUUGACAUUCGUGAUAUCCAAAUCAUCCUCGAGCGCAACUACAAUAUUCGUGUCCCUGGUUACUCUUUGGACGAAGUUCGCACAGUGCGCAAGUUCCAGCCCGCACCUGGAUGGACUCAGAAGAUGAACGCUGUGCAAGCCGCCAAGGUUAUGGGAAAGAACGACGCAUAG